ACUCUAACAGCCAUUCCUUCCACCUACCACCGCAUUGUUUUCUCUCCCUCGCUUCCCUUAUUUAUCUCUUCUUCUUCUUCUUCAACCUUCCUCCUAAUUCAUCCAAACAAAACCCCCCACGAGAGAGAGAGAGAGAGAGAGAGAGAGAGAGAGAGAGAGAGAGAGUUGGAGACAAUGAUAACCGCGGCCCUGCAUGAGACCAAGAUUCACAAACCGGCUGAAGCAGCAGCCCCUGCUCCUGCCCCCGUCGCCGGAGAUGUUGCGCCGCCGCGGAUUUUCCGGUCAAAGCUGCCGGACAUCGACAUUCCGAACCAUCUCCCUCUCCAUACUUACUGCUUCCAGAACAUGUCGUCCGUCGCAGACAAGCCCUGUCUCAUCGAGGGUUCCACCGGAAAAACCUACACAUACUCCCAGACUCAUCUCCUCUGCCGGAGGGUCGCCGCCGGUUUGUCCAGGUUGGGGAUCGGAAAAGGUGACGUCAUCAUGAUCAUGCUCCAUAACUCGGCGGAGUUCGUCUUCUCCUUCAUGGGCGCUUCCAUGAUCGGCGCUAUCUCCACGACAGCGAACCCGUUUUACACUCCGAAGGAGAUCUCCAAACAGAUUCGCUUGUCGGGAGCAAAGCUCGUGAUCACACAGUCCCAAUACGUCGACAAACUGAAAUCUCUCUCCGGCGACAAGGAAGCGGAGAAGUCUCUGAUAAUCGGAGAAGAUUUCACGGUGGUGACGACAGACGAUCCGCCUGAGAAUUGUCUCCACUUUUCCUCACUCUCCGACGAAAAUGAGACCGACCCAUCGCCGGAAACAAUGGCGGAAACCGGCGGAGACGAACCGGUCGCUUUGCCAUUUUCAUCCGGAACCACCGGACUCCCCAAAGGAGUGGUCCUAACACACAAAAGCCUAAUCACAAGCGUUGCGCAACAAGUCGACGGAGAGAAUCCGAAUCUGUACCUGAAACCAGACGACCUCGUACUCUGCGUUCUUCCUCUGUUCCACAUAUACUCGUUGAACAGCGUGUUGCUAUGUUCCCUGAGAUCAGGAGCGGCGGUUCUGCUGAUGCCCAAAUUCGAGAUCGGAGCGUUGUUGGAUCUGAUUCAGAGACACAGAGUGACGGUGGCGGCGCUUGUUCCGCCGCUGGUUUUGGCUAUGGCGAAGAACUCCGCCGUGAAUUCGUACGAUCUCUCCUCCGUAAGAUUGGUUCUCUCCGGCGCUGCUCCUCUGGGGAAGGAGCUCGAAGACUGUCUCCGCCGUCGCCUCCCUCAGGCCGUCUUUGGUCAGGGAUACGGAAUGACGGAGGCGGGACCGGUGUUGACAAUGAGCCUAGGGUUUGCGAAAGAACCGGUUCCGACAAAAUCGGGUUCGUGUGGGACAGUGGUUCGAAACGCAGAGCUUAAAGUGAUCGACACAGAAACCGGUUUGGCUCUUGGCUAUGACCAGCCCGGCGAGAUCUGUAUCCGCGGGCAUCAGAUCAUGAAAGAGUAUUUGAACGACGCGGGAGCCACGUCAGCAACAAUAGAUGCGGAGGGUUGGCUCCACACGGGCGACAUUGGCUACGUCGAUAAAGAUGAUGAGAUCUUCAUCGUCGAUAGGCUCAAAGAGGUCAUCAAAUACAAAGGAUUCCAGGUUCCACCGGCAGAACUAGAGGCACUUCUCAUCAACCACUCUUCCAUUGCAGAUGCUGCUGUUGUCCCGCAACGGGACGAAGUCGCGGGUGAAGUUCCCGUAGCGUUCGUGGUUAGGUCUAACGGAUACGAACUCACGGAAGAGGACGUGAAAGAGUACAUAGCCAAACAGGUGGUGUUCUACAAGAGAUUGCACAAGGUGUUCUUCGUUGCUUCGAUCCCGAAAUCGCCGUCCGGGAAAAUUCUGAGAAAAGAUUUGAAAGCGAGACUUAGCUGAAUCCGUUUCCGUUUUAUUUUUUCGGGUCGAAUUCAUUGAUAUGUAUUGUGAAGUUCAUUUGUAAUCUCAGAUUGUAGCUGCCAUUUGUGUUUGAAGCUAAUUAGGUAGAAGGCUUCUCCCUCCAUUCUAAGUUUGUGUGAAGAAGACUUUUAAUAAAUUUUAAAAAAAAGGAGGAGAAAAAUCGUAAGAAGUAUUGUUUAUGAGAAUGACCACUUUCUUUUUGUCCGACAA